AGGCGGCGGUUUGAACAGAGAACCAGAAGUGCAGCGAGCAGCGAGUUCCGCGGGUGUCCUGCGGUACGGUAGCGUGACUAGCGCGCUCACGGGCCGUUUCGCACACGUCUUUUCCUCUUUCCGUUUGCAUCCUCACUCACACACGGGCUCUCUCCCUUUCUCGCGGACGCGCGGGAGAACGACCGGACCCCUGGGGGAGCGGUCGCUGGGGUAACCGUAGCAGCGGUGCGUAUAUCAGUUUGUUUCACCCGAGUGCGUAUUUACGCGCGAAGCCGGCCGGUAACCGUGACGUUGCGGAGUGAAAUCGCAGGUCGGCCUACGCGACGGCGGACGUCGGGCUCGACGAGCAGCGACGACGACGACGACGACGACGACGAGCUGUCCGGCAGCGCUGCUGCGACAUUCUCCGUGACAUCCGCAACGUACGACGGCGGUGCGUCCUCGAGCGACAGCGGAUCCGCGUGCCACUGCCAUUGCCACUGCCAUUCCACGAUGUCGAACGAGGAGGAGAACACUAUACCGAGCAUCAUAUAUGACGCGAACACCGGCAAGAGUUAUUUGAAGGGCCGGUUCUUCGGGAAGGGUGGUUUUGCAAAAUGUUACGAGAUCACAGAAUCAAAGUCGCACCAUGUGUUCGCCGGAAAAAUCGUGCCGAAGUCACUGAUGACGAAAAGCAAUCAGAGAGAGAAAAUGACACAGGAGAUUGCGAUUCAUCAGAGCUUGAAUCACAGACACAUCGUUGGCUUUCACGGCUUCUUCGACGAUAGCAAUAAUAUUUACAUCAUCUUGGAACUCUGUCGCAAAAGGUCGAUGAUGGAGUUGCACAAGCGCAGGAAAGCGCUGUCGGAAUGCGAGACACGGUACUUCAUGAAGCAAAUCUUGGAUGGGGUUUACUACCUGCAUCAGCAUAGAAUAAUUCACAGAGAUUUAAAGUUAGGCAAUCUAUUUCUGAAUGACGAUUUGCAAGUCAAAAUCGGUGAUUUCGGAUUGGCAACCAGAUUGGAGCACGACGGUGAACGAAAAAAAACUGUCUGCGGUACUCCAAAUUACAUCGCGCCGGAAGUGCUCACGAAGAUCGGGCACUCUUAUGAGGCUGAUAUAUGGAGUAUCGGUUGUAUAAUGUAUACUCUACUUGUGGGCAAGCCGCCUUUUGAGACAUCGAGCCUGAAGGAGACGUAUUCCAGAAUCAAACAAGUGCAGUAUAAGACGCCGGUACACAUUAGUAAACCUGCUAUGAAUAUGGUAGCAAAUAUGUUGCAAUUAAAUCCUUCAAAACGUCCGACAGUUGCCAAACUAAUGAAAGACAUCUUCUUCACUUCUGGAUACAUGCCGACGAGUUUGCCGCUCUCAUGUCUGACAAUGGCACCACGUUUGGACAUGCUUGAAUCGCACUGCAAUCGCAAACCGCUCGGCGAGAUGAAUCUUAACGGUUACUCAGAACAGGACAUUCUUGCUUGCCGAGUGCCGAAUAGUCCAUCACGUAAAACCAAACCAAACGAAAUUGUUGAGCCGCAGAGAGUAAACCUCGAUAUCAGGAAAAUGCUUCAAACAUUGAAAGAGCAGAUAGCUAUUGUAUUGAAUACUAAGCCUGCUCGGGAGACAGCUUCCUCAGCAGAUGAACUGACCGAUCCGGCAGCGCAACCUGUGAUUUGGAUCAGUAAGUGGGUCGACUAUUCAGAUAAAUACGGUUUUGGAUACCAAUUGUCCGACGAUAGCGUCGGCGUGAUGUACAACGACGGCACGCGGUUGAUCAUGAUGGCGAAUGGCUACAACAUUCACUACAUCAACCGCGAGGGCGAUGAAUUGUACUACACGGUCAAGGAAUAUCCAACCAAUCUCGAGAAGAAAAUGAAACUGAUGAACUUCUUUUUGAAAUACAUGAACGAGCACCUGAUGAAGGCGGGUGGCUCCAUCGCAGUGAAACAAAGUGACUCUCUCUCUAGAAUACCCUACAUACACCAGUGGUUCAGAACUCAAACAGCCGUGGUAAUGCAACUGACUAAUGGCACAGUGCAAAUCAAUUUCCUGGAUCACGCGAAGAUCAUUAUGUGCCCGUUGAUGGCAGCAGUCACUUAUAUCGAUCUUGACAAGAACUUCAAGACUUAUAGAUUCCAGACCAUUCAGGAAAGUGGUUGCUGUAAGGGAUUGGCGGACAAUUUGCUGUACGCGUAUGAGAAGAUCAAGCUGAUGCUGAAGAAUUCUCAAGCCCGAUAAAAUCGCUUGUGCCAAGGAAAAAUGAGAGGAACAAGAGAAAUAGCGAGUGUCGUGCCUCUCGUGGCACUAUAAAUUAACUUUUGAGGAGUGCGACAUAUUGUAUUUAUUUUCUAAUAGUGCUGCUUUGCGAAAGAGAGAAAAAGAGAGAAAGAGAGAAACGGGCGAAUGGAAGCUGCGAUCAUGCAUGAUUUUUCCUCUUCCUUCGUCCAACUUUUAUACAGACGUAUAGAAUUUUGCUAGGCGAUUUUUUUUCUUUCUUUUUUUAUCAUAUACGAAAGAGAGAGAGAGAGAGAGAGAGAGAGAGAGAGAGAGGACCAAUCGCGCAACAUAAGCGAAAGACUUCGCGAGAAGGCAUCCCAUCAUCAAAUAUGCCAUACAUAUAUUAAAGUCAAUUAAUCGGAGUGUGUAUCAUCGAUCUGCCGUGUCAUUUCCAACAAUAAUACUGGGACUGAGAUUUUAAAAAUCGCAGUUCCUCCUCCUCGUUAAUCCGCAAAGACUGCUUGAAAGAUAUUUUGCUCUGACUUUGUCAAGUGAAUCAAAUUCGAUCCAGAAGUCCCGCGCUGCGUUCAUUGCUAAGGAAAGAAAAAAAAAAGUGCUGAACGGAGCACGGGGGUGAUUCGAUUGAGUGGUGCAAUUUAAUGUCUUUGAUUUCGUUGUAGCAGAGAUGAGAAACCUGCAAAAAGCUAGUCCUCUGACUGACCGCAGUGUUUAUUCCUAUCGCUUCCCAAGAUCUGUUGAAGCGGAGAGUUCCUCGCGGAUCCGUUCGAAGCAGUGCGACCACGAGCGUUCGUUAGUCUCCGAACGAUAGUUGUUAAAAUCCUAGUAACAACGGUAUGCGGAUUUAGGCGCGUUUAUCGAAGAAAAUGUUGUUCGAGGUGAGAUUGUUCCGAAUAAAUCUUAUAACGACUUGCUUAAAGCUUAAUUGUUUCAGUUGUGACGUAAUAUCGAAAAUAUGUUAAUUUCAAGGAGUACAGGAACGAAUAACAAAUGACGAUUAAAUAAAUUACAUCGUGAUUAUUUCUUUUCACUAUUUCAUUUACAGGCACUUCACGUAUCUGGCGAAGCUGUUUUUCUCACAUUUAUUUCCUUGUUCAAGACGAAAAACACAAAGAUCCUGUAUCUUGAGAAGUUUGCAAUCUUGCCAAUCUCCAUUUUUCUUUUUUGGUCAAACCCGUGGCUUCAAUUAGGAAUCGAAGACAUUCCAUAAAGAGUACUUUCUGAACUUAUUUUGUAUUUUGUUUCGAUUCCUAAUUCCGAAGCUACGGGUUUUUGUUACCUUGAUACGAAUGCGAGAAUUGAACAUAAGCAACUAUUAUCUCUGCCAACUUGUUAAAAACUCGACAGGAUCGGAGGCCGUAUAAGUAAAUCACGAUUAAUUCGGCCGGAAGUUUUAUAGAAUCGGAAAGGAAAUGUGAGAAAUGGAUUGAUUGACUGCUUCCAUCCGAGAAAUUCAGCGGGAUUUGUGAUUUCUCGCAUUGCUUCGAUCGGUUAGAGAACGUUCGAAAGAGCACAGAGUCAAUUAUAUUCAAGCUACUUUGUACAUGAAGACUAUUUUGCCUAGUAGAGAAAGACGACUAUACAAAGACUAUAUUUUUUAUAGAGUUAAACUGACUAGUGUGUUAACUGAUGAAUCGAUGCGCGCGUAUACUCGGUGUGUUGUACUAUAAGAUUCCUUUUUGUAAUAUUAGAUUGUUACACAGAUAAUGUCGGUUUCAUAUAGACUAAUUGUAACAUCGAAUCAUUGCGAGAGUUCCCGUAUUUCUUUUCAGCGGUCACGAUCGUCAGUCCGAUCAGGAGGGAUUGAUUAAAAUAAUUGAAAUGACAGAGGUUUAGCAACGAUUAGAGAUCGAAAGACCUGUAUGAAGGGGAUCCCAAAUAUAUCGGGGGAAUAUCGAAAGAACAGCGAUCCGAAUAUUUGUGGAUCUCGCAGCAGAAAGGCGAUAAUGACAAUCCGAAUGUUUAAGUAGCUGAGGAAAUUUGUGGAUCUCUUGGAUGAUCCUGAUCCUACAAGCCGAGUAGUUUGACGGCCGACAGAUCGAAAGACCGUUGAAAACGAGAUCGUCGAUGAUUUCGUGCUGAGAUGAGCGGAACGGAAACUUUCGCGAGGAUUCCAUGUAAUUAUAGACUGGACGAGAGAGUAGUAGUAUAGUUAUCUUUGCGUAAAAAAAAAAACGAAAUUUAUCCAAAUACAAUAACGAGAUAACACGAUAAUUAUUAAGUGCCACUCGGAGGAAACAAUGUUAGCUUAUCGAAUGACGUUACGUUACAUUAAGUUUAGAUAUACAAAAAAAUGCGUCCAGGGCGAGGAACAAUUGUAGACACAAUUAGGUAAUAAGUUAGCAAAUUAAGAUGAAAGUAGAUGUACAUAUAAAGAAAAGGGUAGAUAGGUAGAUACGCCGAGGUGCGAAUGAUGCGCUUGCGAGCAGGAAGUAUAGUUACGUUUAGACAAAAAUUGUUAGGAUAAUAUUUUUUUACAAUGCAUCAGUAUACAUAUAACGUUGUUUUUUGGAAAAAUACGGUACAGAAAUAAACUGUUUUUUCUUUUUUAAAUACAGGUCGCUUUUUGUAUGCGCAA